AUGACCGUCCACAAGCGCGAAUCGCGUCUCCGCCGCUGGGCUAGGAAGCUUGGCAGCUGUCUACGAAAUCACCAUCCGCACCGCAAGUACAAAUCCGCUAGCUAUGUGGAUAUGGGUAAAACGGCAUCGUCGCCUGUACGUCGCCCCGAUGUCCGACACACGCCACGCAAAGGGCUCAUCGGUCGAAGAGAGCAGCCCUCGAAAAAGGUACACAACGGCGGCACCAAAGCAUGGGAUGAACAAACUAAAUGGGCGUUGCCUUCAGCAGGAAGCCUUCGAAAGGCUACACCGCAAGAAAAUCCGACAGACGAGACUAUUCGGCUAGUAAACCCGAGUGUGAAUUCACUUGUUGGAGGGCGACUGGGUUCGCAAACACCGAUGUUUGCUGGAAGGGUGACCAAGCGAGCUGUUGGUGAGCCCCAGAAACAAAACGCAAAUGUGUCAGGCCUAUUAGAAGGCCCACGAUCCGUGCUCUCAUGGCAAGAGUCGUUUGAGCUGCAACGAACACUCAGGAGAGAACUACCUCCACCUCCCUCUGACAGAUACGAUUCUGCGGUCGACGUAACGAUCCGACCCCUUAACGUCCGCAAGCAUCAAGUCCAGAAGCCAUACUGUCCUUCUGGAUUAGGAAGAUCGGCCGCCGUACCCAUCCAACCCAAACCGACUGCCAAUGCCCGGAUUCUCCACGCACCAGCAUUCCAUUCUCAAACCGCUUUAUCUGCAACGGGUAAGGAGCCAGCGCGGGGCUGGGAACAAGACUGGGAAAAGCCUCUUCAGCAACGCAUCGGAGACUCGAGGGCGAUCUGGAAGUCAGCGUCACACCGUCUUCUACUGCGGAACAAGGAUAGCAUACAACAACUAGAUGCCGAGCAAGCAAUAAUGGAACAGAUGACUGCAAGGAUGGAGUUGGAGAAGAGGCAGCAGCCCCAGAUGAGGAGCAUUCAGAGCAUUGAAGAGAUGGCUGAAGAAGACAGGAGGGCGGACGAGGAAUGGAAUGGUAAACGCAGUCUGACCGCUUUGAAGGAUCAACGUGCUAACAGCGUCGUCUUCUAG